UUUCCAACUCUAACACUGAAAAACUUGAUUAUUCAAAGAGAGCCAUUAGCCGGGCUAAUGAUUUAAUGAAAGAUUUCAGCGAACCAUCCAAUUUAUUUGGAUUUAAACUUUUGGUCGAAGAUCCUACGUUAAAGUUUCCUGCAAAACUAUUGAUCAACGCACUUAAACUACUAAGUGAUAUCUCUUUAUUUGAUUAUUAUACUGAAGAUAUUAUUGCACAUUUCGAAUUACAUCUUCGCACUUGGGUGGCAACUCUUGAAAAAGUCAUAUUUUCGUCUAUUGUUUUGAAUCAGGAAUUUUAUGACAAACUUUAUAGUAGCUUAGUUAGCUUCAUUGAUAUUCAUUAUCAUAUAACUCUAUUUUUUAAGCAACAAGUCAAUCUCGAUAACGCUGGUGACGAUUAUUCAAAUUUUCAAAAUUAUAACAUUAAUUUCUUAUUAAUCCAUUUACGUGACUGUUUACACAGUAUACGCAAAAAUGAAACUAGUUCUGAUGAAUUUUUACGUUGCGGAAAAGAUUUUCUUUUAAAACUCAUUCGUAUUCCACCAAACGCUAAUGGUGAUGCUUCCGAAAAUAUUCUGGAAAUAUUUGGAGGUUCACCUGUCUCCGAAACUUUACCAAAGCUUAACGAAAUAUUUAAAAAAUCUCAGUUCGAAUAUCUUCAAUUCAAAUCUUUGGAAUUACUUUUAUAUUUAUCUUAUAAAGAACCAGAAUGGUUCGAGAAUUUGGUUCUUAAAGAAAUCAAUAAAUAUUCUGAUUCAUUAUCAAAAGAUUCUUUGCAAAAAUUUAAGGAUCUUGUCGAUAAUGUACAUUUAAAACUUCAACUUGACAGCAAAUUUAUUAAAACUUUAAUUCCACCAAAACACAAAGAAUCCUGGCUCUUUAAGGAAAAAUUAUCGGCAAAUAAAAGUGACACUCUGUUUAAAGAAGUCUUUAUAGAACAAUUAACAUGCCCAAUUACCGGUGAUGUAACUAGCGAUUUUCUUAUUUUAGGAUGUGAUCAUUUGAUUAGUUAUAAUGCUAUAAGGAUGCAGAAAAUUAUACUUUCGAUAGAAAAUAAAAGUUUAAAAUGCCCUUUUUGUAAAACUGAAAUCGAACUAGAAUCGGUAUAUAAACUUUCAAGAAAUGCAACAUUUAAAGGACUUUGCAAAACAUUAGAACAAACUGGAGAUUUAAAUACUUUAAUGGAAAAACAACAACUAAAAGGCAUUCGCAUUUUGGAAAACUGA